GUCUGAGUUUAAGGGAAAUGUCGUUUGGUGAAACUCUGUGGGUGCUGAUAUUAUAUAUGACCAUCUUCAUUCACUCCUUGCUGUUUGCAUGGGGAACUUAUUAUCGUCUUACCAGGAUCGACCUGCCUCAAGGACUGUCCCAUCGCCUAAAAUUACUGCUUUCCGAUUUCUUAGUGGGAUAUGGAUUUGCAAUAGCAAUACUUCUGGAAAAAAUGGGCAUCUGCAAUAGAUAUUACUUAGCCAAUGUCAUAUGCCAAUUCCUUCCAAUAAUGAAGGACCCCAAGCUGAUCAUAAAAGACCUGGUUUUUGAUGGGGUGCCUGUGAGGGUGUACUGGCCCAAGACAUCACCUGCUGGGAACAGGAAAGGAAUCAUCUUUUUUCAUGGAGGCGCUGGGGUGGCUGGAAACGUUCGAACCACUGAAAAGAUCUGCCGCAGCAUUGCCCACCAAACUGACUCAGUGGUUAUGUGUGUUGAGUUUCGUUUAGCUCCUGAGCAUCCGUAUCCAGUCCCAGUACUGGACUGCUUAACUGCUGCAAUACACUUUAUGAAAAAUGCAAAGGAAUACGGAGUGGACCCCAGCCGCAUUGCCAUUGCUGGGGAGAGUAGUGGGGCCACAAAAGCUGCAUCCAUUUGUCAAGAACUGGUGGCCAGAGAGGACCUCCCAAGUGUGCGAGCUCAGGUCCUCAUUUACCCAUUCCUCCAAGGAAUAGAUUUCAAUUUGCCAUCCUAUCAGCAAAACCAUUCAGUUCCUCCCUUGUACCGGAAAAGAGCUGCCAAAUUUGGUUUCGCAUAUCUCACUGGGAAGACAAUCAAUGUACCAGUAGAUGGAAUUCUGAAAGGCGCCCAUGUCCCUCCUGUUUUGAGAGAGAAAUACCAAAAAUGGAUCAGUGCUGAUAGCAUUCCAGAAGAAUUUAAGGCCAGGGGCUAUGUUCCUGUAGAGCCUGCUCCAUUUUCAGAAGACCUUUAUGAACAAGUUAAAAGAGGCACUGAGACAAUGUUUUGCCCCCUUCUAGCAGAGGAUGAUAUAAUCCGCCAGCUGCCAGAGACUUUCAUUCUAACCUGUGAGUAUGAUGUUCUCCGGGAUGAUGGGCUGUUGUACAAGAAGCGUCUAGAGGACAACGGUGUGCCAGUGACAUGGUGUCAUGUACAAGAUGGAUUCCAUGGAAUAAUGGCCGUGGCUGGUUGGGGGCCGUGUGAAUUUCCGAGCACACAGAAAUGUUUGCAGAAUGUAAUACAGUUUUUAAAAGGUUUAUAGAAAUGAAUGACCUUUGUCUUCAAAUAGCGGUCUUCCACUUCUGUGGGGCGAAAUUUUUAUUCCUCAUUGUGCCAAUCCCAAAGUAAAAAGAAAAACUCACUUCUAAAGUUUUACUCAGUCUAAUUUGUUAGAAUCACCAUGGGCUCCGUAAGUAGGUAAGCAAAGCCCUGUUGGAUCAGCCAUUGCCCCACUUUGUCCAUAAUCCUACUAUCUCUUUUUUAAAUAAUUUUUUUUAAUAGAUUUUCCAGUUUAAACAUCUAAUCCAUUUUCAAAUUAUACAAAUUACACAAAUAUCAAUUAAACAAUUAAUCCAAAUCUUCUGCCAAAUUCUACAAAUUUAAAUUUCACUUCCCAUACUUCAGACUCAGAAAGCCUAGUCCUCUUAUAUUCACUGCUUUCUAAUCAAUCAAGUCCAGAUCUUAUCCAAUAGUCUAUUAAAAUCCUUCUGUCUUCUUUCAAGCCGCUGAGUUUUUCUGAGCAAGCGAGUUUGACCAAACCAUAUAUAUUUCAGUGUGAAAUUAUACCUAUGAUUCCUCUAUAAAUUAACAUUGUCUCUUCACUCGCUGGUAUCUUGCCAAGUCCGUCCAAAAAUCCAACGAUCUUUCUGACAGCCAGCAGCAGCCAGCCACAGCCAUCUUAGAGCAGUCCCCAUAAAUCAAAUCUUUCCUGUGAUGUUUCCUCCAGAUCACCCCAGAUCGCGACCAUAUAGCCUUUCCAGGGGGAGAGCUGCCAGAUCAAACCUAUAAACACACAUCUAAUGUCUUAUUUAUGGAUCUCUCCCCUCCUUUGCCAAAUAUGUAGCCAGCUUUGUCUCCACCAUGGCAGACUCUAAUUUAUAGCUGCGUCAUAACUCAAAAGUUCCUUGACACGUUUCCAGCUGCUUCUCUUUAAUGUCCACAUCUUGUGGAAUCUUUAGCCACAUUCCAAGAGAAUCCAUGAAUACAUACUUUGAUUCUGUUUUCAAUUCACACUUUGUAUAUUUAAUAAAACUAUAUUCAAUAAAUUUCCCACUUUCCACUCUCGCUUGCUUUGUAAAUAUUGUUCACGGUUCUUCAGGUGGGAGUUUUGUUGAGUAGAUUAUGAAGCACAAUAAAACAAAAUUAUAAAGUUCUCGCUCCCCUCUCAGUUCCGCUACAUACCCGUUUUCAGCUCAUCAUUUCUCUGUUAUCUUUUGUUUUAUCAGUGGCUGAGUUUAGCAGAAUAAAAUCUUCAUUCCUUGUCUGAAGCAUGUCCACGACUUAUACCCAAUCUUUCUCUUGUCAUGGAGCCUGUAUUUGCUCGUAGAGAUGGCGUCUGGGGGAUCGAGGCUCCCACGGGCGCUUUCCACCCAGAGCCUCCAGCUUCUUCCUCCUUCCGAAGUCGAAGCUGGUAGUGGGCAACUGCGGGUGAGACUGCAUCAACCCAUACCCUUAUCGAAGGCGGACAUGCCAAGGGUGAGGGGGAGAGGAGGGGCAGCAGCAGAGAAGGGACAGGAUCCGACCCCCGCUUUCCCAGAAGGAGCUGAUGGCCACCCGCUCCCACUACCCUUUUUUUAUAUAUAUAUUAAUUUUUAUUGAUUUUCAUUUGUGUACAUUAACGAAAUAAAAGAAAAGGAAAGAAAAUAUGUAUACAAUAC